AUGGAUACAGAGAAUGAACUUGACACAGUAUUUAGUAAAAAAAUCACUGUUGGUGAAUCGAUUGUUACCGACAUUGAAAUCAUCAAUUAUACCGACAUGAAAUUAUGUAAUAUUUGUAGUGAAACGUCUGAUUUCUAUUCACUUCCGACGUUGAUGGCCAUAAUUUACUUUAUGGCAAUAGCGAUGUUCAACUUAUAUUAUUUAUUCAUGGCAAUCGUUACAAACAAUUUUGAAGAGUAUACCGUUUUGGACGCCAUUGAAAGUACUGCAACAUUUUUAAUGACGUUCAAUAAUUUCGUGGCAUUAAAUACAAACGUCAUCAGAAUUAAACGAGAAUUUGAAAAUACCGCUACAUACGUUCAUUUACUUAUGGAUCGAUGUGUAUUUGAUUUAGAAGUGAAACGAGUGUUAACUGGAUUUUCAUGGGAUCUUUUACAUCGGAAUGUUAGAUUCAGUACGUACAAAGUAAUUGAAUUGGAUGGUUCUCUACUACAAUCGGUAAAUUCACAUGUUGAUUACACGGAAUAA